AUGUGUGUAGCGUUUUAUGGUUGCUAUGUGAUGGUACCACUGGGGAAGGACAAAGUUGCUCCGUAUCGGUUUAUACAGCUGUUCACCAUGGUUGACAUCGCACAGUGUUUGUACACCAUUCAAAAAUUCUGCUUUGAUUUUGCUGCUUGUUUUGGAAUCAUUUCACCCGACCGUUUGCUGACUGCAGCGGCGAAGGCGCAGUUUUGGGCAUCGUUCAUGCUAACCUGGGAGAUGAUGACAUUAUCAGCCAUCGCCACAUAUUUGCUGCGGCCAUCGCAAUCCAUUUUCUUCGACAAUUAUCCGAUCGUAGAUUCCACUUGUUUACAUAAUAAUGGAAGCACUCAGACCAUAAAUAGCUUCGUCACUACAAUCAUGGACCGUAGAGCCAGCUAUCAGUUUGACUCGAUCGACGACGAGAUCAAUAAGCGAAGGGAUUCUGGACCUAAAAUAAUCUAA